AUGGGGACCCGGGAGUCGUCCCCUGACACUGAAAUGGUCGAAAAUCAACCAUACUUGGAGAAAGAAGGAGUAAACAAGAUUACAGAGGUUGAUCUCUGGAUACCCAAUCAUGUUUCAUUGGACGCCUCCAACCUUAUCCAACGUUCCCUGUGCAAAAAUCCAGAGGAUAGACUCACUCUUAGUGAGGUCAAAAACCAUCGGUGGAUAUCACGAUACCAGUGA